AUGGGACUACUUUCAAUCGUAUUCUCAAUAUUAGCAUUCCACUACGAAAGAGAUCUAUGUCGGAUGCUGACUAAGCAACAAGAUAUUGAAGAAUGUAUGAAAGUUUAUAUACAGACUGUUUUGUCUACAACGAUCUUCUUAGGAAUAUCUACUUUAUUUCAGGUUCAUUUCUGUCUCGCUAUAUGGACUUAUUAUCAGAAACUUCGCAUCGAACAUGAUAGAAUCGUUCCUGAUGCUCGCUACAGUUAUGCUCCACCAAAUCUUGCAAACGUUAUUCCUCCCCCUACUUAUGGCUCAAUUCCUGUACCUGUGACGAUCAUCGGAUUACCUUCAUCAACCGAUUUGGAAGCAUCUUUAGGAAUUCCUGGUCGUUACCAUCACAAAUUACGCAUUGAAGGAAUGGAUUGA